AAGGCGACAACAGGAAGUUACGUAUAUGCCGGAAGGUAGUGUAAGGAAAAACAACACCGCGCCAAAUUUGUGCUGGACUAGUUCAAGAUACAGCGUUAAGAAAAGAUUCCUAUGUAGAUAAAGGUCGUGUGUGUGUGUUUUAUCUAGCCGAGGAAGACACUACAGAUGAAAUAAUUUACUGCUUUUGUUAAACGUUUGUUCGCUUUGGAUUCGUUUGCUAGCAUGGCGGUGCCUUUUGUGCAGGGCUGGGACCUCGUUCAGACUUUGGGAGAAGGAGCCUACGGAGAAGUGCGGCUGCUGGUGAACAGGCAGACAGAAGAGGCUGUGGCAGUGAAAGUGAUUGACACGUCUCAGGCCAAAGAAUGUGCUGAAAAUGUCAAGAAGGAAGUUUGUGUUCAUAAGAUGCUGAACCAUUCCAACAUUGUACGUUUUUUUGGGCAUCGCAAGGAAGGGCCAACAGUUUACCUCUUUCUGGAGUAUUGCACCGGAGGAGAGCUGUUCGACCGAAUAGAACCUGAUGUAGGGAUGGAAGAGAAAGAUGCACAUAGAUUUUUCCAGCAACUCAUUUCAGCUGUGGAGUAUCUGCACAGUGUGGGCAUCACUCACAGAGACAUUAAGCCGGAGAACAUUUUGCUUGAUGACAAAGAUAACCUAAAGCUGUCAGAUUUUGGCCUGGCCACAAUGUUUCGGUUUAAAGGAAGAGAGCGCCUUUUGAAUCGACUCUGUGGGACGCUCCCCUACGUUGCACCAGAGCUUCUCGGCCAACCCGAGUUCAAAGCUCAGCCUGCAGAUUUAUGGUCUUGUGGCAUCGUCCUCACUGCCAUGUUGGCUGGAGAGCUGCCGUGGGACCAGCCCGCCGAGAGCUGUCAGGAAUACUCAGACUGGAUUCAAAAGAAAACGUAUUUACCUCCGUGGAAAAAAAUACAACCAAUGCCACUAAGUUUGUUGUCUAAGUUACUGCUACCCUGUCCAGACACGCGUAUCACUGUGUCAAACAUAAAGAAGGAUCGCUGGUUUAUUCAUGGUGUAAAACAACUUCCAGGUUCCUCAGGCUCAGGAGGAAACAAACUUCUUCGAGCAGAUGUGGGACUGAAAUCAAGGGCUAACAGUGAUGACAGUAUGCAGUUUUCCAGCUCUCAGCCUGAUCUUGCAGCAGGAGGCUGGGAAGCGUUGUUAUUGAUCAGUCAGAACGACGGUCAGGUCAGCUUCUCUCAGCCCACCAAGCCAGAGCACAUGUUACUGGGCAGUCAGCUGCUGGGUACACCAGGAGCCAGUCAGUCGCCCUGGCAGAGAUUAGUCAGAAGAAUGACGCGCUUCUUCACAGCUGUGAACGCUGAAGACACGUUAUCUGCACUGAAAGACGUGUGUGACGGCCUGGCCCUCGGCUUCAAACUCUCCUGCACCAAACAGGUCACGGUAAGCACUCUGGACAGACGCAACAACAAACUCAUUUUUAAAGUUCAUUUGUUUGAGAUGAAUCAGAGAGUGUUGCUCGACUUCAGACUGUCCAAGGGUGACGGCCUGGAGUUCAAGCGUCAUUUUGUGAGGAUUAAACAUAAGCUUGGUGACAUCGUCAGCUCUCAGAAGAUUUUACUCCCCCUCACAUGAACCACCUCCACCACACGGUUUGCGCAGUCAAACAAACUGCCUUAAACUGUUGUACAUAUUUUGAUGUUCAAAUGAUAUUUUAAAGGUCACUUUGUGCGUCUGUCAAGCUCCAAAUUGUUUGUGUGUCAGUUUCCCUCAAAAUGUGAGAAUUAAAAAAAAAAUGUUGUAACUGAUGCAAUGCAACAUAUUCUCUUUUUCUCACCAACGACUAAUACAGAAGAUAAGUUAAGAUUAUGAGCAUCAGUAAAUAAAACGUUCAUCCUCAGACCAACUGGGUACAGGUAGUUAGAGUAUUUUGAGGGGUAGUUUAUUUAUUGAUGGAUACUUAGAAAUGAAAGUUAUUUCAAACCAACAGACAGUACAUUUAAAAAAGUAACAAAGUGAUGCUGCUCUCUUGCAACAGCUCUUGAAACAUUCAGAUCAUUUUAAGCCACUUUUCAUUUGAUAAAACAAACAAACCUCAACCACAGAGUGUGUUUUUGUCUAUUGACUGAUAUUAAUGGAUUCCACUCUUGUUUUUACAUGGAACAUUCCUAAAUAAAUUACUAAAAGGAAUAUUGCUGAGUGAAGCCUCUGAGACGUGAGAAGAAGAUGGUCCUGAAUUUUUGGCCGUAUUCAAAUAUAAAACUUUUGUGUAAAUAAACAUUCGACGCUGCUCAUGCUCUACAUUCAGACUUGUUACAAAAGCUGCAUCUAUCAGUCCUACAGUGAGAGGUGUUUGAUUAUGUUGAUUGAAAUCAGGGUUUAUUGAUUGAUUGUUGACUGAAAUACAAAGAGUAAGUGAUCAGAGACUA